CCAAUAAGUUGGCCAGACGCUGGGAAUGUGGAGCAAAGAAGGAACGCUGGAACUUGGACAACGCACUCAGCUCUGAGUUUUCUGUCCUGAGAUAUUUACGCAUUCGGAAGAUGAGACGCUUGCUGUAUAUCCUGCCCUUAUUGACGGUAAUAGUGGCAGUGGCGCAGUGUGGUCUCCUGGAAUUCGGAAUCAUGAUACAGAGAGUUACAGGGAAUAAUGCGUUCCGUUACGCUUUCUAUGGGUGCCACUGCGGACUCGGAGGCUACGGAAGACCCAAGGAUGACAUCGACUGGUGCUGCCACAGGCACGACUGUUGCUUCGAUGUGAUGUCUGCGGAGGGAUGUAAGCCCAUGUCUAUACUUUACGAUUUUGACAUCACAAACGGGAAUGUCACAUGCGAUAUUCUGAGUAACAGUUACUGUGCGAGACAGGUGUGUGAGUGCGAUCGAGAAGCUGCCCUCUGCUUCAAGCAAAAUAACCACAAGUACUCAAAGAAACACGCCAUAUAUCUAAAACACUUAAAGUGUAAAGGACUCGUGCCAGAAUGUUCCAAUUAUGUGUUUUAAA